CAGGGAGGGCCGCUCUAAUGCUCACGUCAAAGGUGACUACCAGAGGAUCGGUGACGUGAUGCUAAAGAAUAUGUCUGCUCUCAAGGGCUUUACCGGCUACCUGCAGAAGCACGACGAGGUGCUGGCGGAGCUGGAGAAGGCCAGCAAGCGACUGAAGAAGCUGGAGACGGUCUACAAGGAGUUUGAACUGCAGAAGGUGUGUUACCUGCCACUCAACACCUUCCUGCUCAAGCCCAUCCAGCGCCUCAUGCACUACAAGCUCAUCCUGGAGCGCCUGUGCAAGCACUACGGACCGGCCCACCGCCACCACGCAGACUGCAAAGAGGCUCUAAAGGAGGUGGCGGAGAUCACGGCGCAGCUUCAGAGCAGCCUCAUCCGCCUGGAGAACUUCCAGAAGCUCACUGAGCUGCAGCGAGACCUCAUCGGGAUUGACAACUUGACUGCACCGGGGAGGGAGUUCAUACGAGAGGGCUGCCUGUACAAGCUCACCAAGAAGGGACUGCAGCAAAGAAUGUUCUUCCUGUUCUCAGAUAUGCUUCUCUACACCAGCAAAGGCGUCACGGCAACCAAUCAGUUCAAAGUCCACGGACAGUUGCCCCUCCAUGGCAUGAUCGUGGAGGAGAGCGAGAAGGAGUGGGCGGUGCCUCACUGCUUCACCAUCUACUCUGCACACAGGACCAUCGUGGUGGCAGCCAGCUCCAAAGUGGAGAUGAGCAAGUGGAUCGAGGACCUCAACGUGGCUAUCGACUUGGCCAAGAAGUCUCAGGAGAAGUCCGGCAGCGUCUUUCUGGACGGAGGCCUCGCCGAUCACUCCAAUCGCUCUUCGGACGAGGUUUCCCUGGAGCAGGAGUCUGAAGACGACAUGAACUCGUCACGCACAUCUCUGGACAAGCAGACCCACCACCGCGCCAACACCACCAUGCAUGUGUGCUGGCACCGCAACACCAGCGUGUCCAUGUCAGACCACAGCCUGGCUGUGGAGAACCAGUUGUCGGGGUACCUUCUGAGGAAGUUCAAGAACAGCAAUGGCUGGCAGAAACUCUGGGUGGUUUUCACCAACUUCUGCUUGUUCUUCUACAAGACGCACCAGGAUGACUUCCCGCUGGCAAGCCUGCCGCUGCUGGGCUACACGGUGAGCAUGCCGGAGGAGGCGGACGCCAUCCACAAGGAUUACGUCUUCAAGCUGCAGUUCAAGUCGCACGUCUACUUCUUUCGGGCCGAGAGCGAGUACACUUUUGAGAGGUGGAUGGAGGUGAUCAAGAGCGCAGCCAGCGCCACAGCCCGUGUGAGCCUGCUGGUCCCCGCCAAAGGAGACGGAGAAAGAGGCCUCCCCGUCGAGAUGAACGGAAGUUGACGCGGAGGAGUCCACGUCUGCAUGCCUCCUUACAUUAACCACCUUAACGUUGAUUUCUGCGAGAAGGCUCUUUUCAAGUUUUACAGGACCAUCUUAUCAAAAAGGGUGUAGCAGGUCUCAUGUUGAAGGAGUUGAGGUGCGAUGAAGACGACGACAACGAGGAAGAAGGUUCCUGGAAGUGCACACGAAAGACUUGAGUGCGUCGGUGCUGCUAUUCGUGCUGGCGUUGAAUCAGUAUUUGUCAUUAACCAAGGCUGGUCCCUACUAAGAUGGAUGCUCUUAAAACAAUUCAUGCCGUAUUGUGUCGUCUCAUAACAAGAGAGGAAGUCUUAAGCGUCUGAUCAUGUUAGAAGGCGCUACGGUCUAGCCAUCUAUUUAUUGUGUAGUGUGGAUGUGUGCGUGCGUGCGGGAGGCUGUUUAUUUAGUCUUCCCAUUGAUUCUUUUUAAAACGUCGUCAAAUAAAAAGAUCAUUUCAGACUA